AACUAUGAUGCAGACUGAAUCUUUGCCUAUCAUUUCUGAAAGGGUAUACAGAAAUGUUGAAUAGCAGCACAGAGAAAGACAGAUCGACGAUUACGUGCAGAACACUGACAUAAAGAGACAGAAGUAGACAGUCUGUUGAAACAUGAAACACACAUGAUUGAACUACCACAACUUGCAAGUUAACCCUCUCAUCUAAUUGAACUCGAGCCAGCGGGGAGCCUUAAAUAGGGUGCUGAUAUGCACACACUGAUAUCAUCAUGGCCACUGCACGGAUCAUUCAGUAAUAACAGGAAUUUGGUUCCCAUGAUCGCGGCUCCCCUCGUUAACAGGUGGCUGCAGGUGCAAAAGAAGCUAGUACCUGGACUGCAGCUGAUCUUGUGGCCGAGGCACCUCAACAGCAGCGAGAGUUCAAAAAUGAGGGGGAAAGCGGUUUCUGGAAAAGCCAUAUUUGUGCUCUGCGUCGCAACCUUCCUUGCAGGAUCACUUUUCAGCAGCCGCACAUGGAACCUGCAUUCAGACAUUACAGAUGACAUGAAACUCAGAACUGUCAACCGUGACUGUGAUCACAAGCGCAAACUUGUCGAAACUAAUACAAGAGACAUCAUGGGAGAGGUCAAGAAGACUCAUCAUGCUAUCCAGUCACUUGAAAAAACAAUAUCAACAUUGGAGAUGGAGCUGGCCGUUGCAAGAACAAGCCGAAUUGGCAGCCAGACUGCAACAGAAGGAGCCGCUAAUCACAGCCUACAGAAAGCAUUUGUUGUCAUAGGGAUCAACACAGCAUUUAGCAGCAGAAGAAGGCGUGACUCUCUUCGCGAAACAUGGAUGCAAAAAGGAGAUGAGCUAAAGAAAUUAGAGAAAGAGAAGGGGAUAGUCUUACGAUUCGUGAUAGGACACAGUGCCACCCCAGGAGGGGUCCUUGAUCGAGCCAUUGAUGACGAGGAGGCUGAAUAUAAAGACUUCCUCCGGCUCAAUCAUGUAGAAGGAUACCACGAGCUCUCCACCAAAACGCGCAUCUAUUUCUCCACUGCUGUCUCCAUCUGGGAUGCCGAGUUCUAUGUAAAAGUGGAUGAUGAUGUCCAUCUCAACCUGGGAAUGCUAGCCAGCACUCUGGCAAGGCACAAGUCAAAGCCAAGAGUCUACAUUGGCUGCAUGAAAUCCGGACCAGUUCUCUCCAGGCUGGGAGUAAAGUAUCAUGAACCUGAGUUUUGGAAAUUUGGAGAAGAAGGGAAUAAGUAUUUCAGGCAUGCCACCGGCCAAAUAUAUGCCAUCUCCAAGGACCUUGCUGCCUACAUCUCCAUAAACUCGGGCAUCUUGCAUAGAUAUGCAAACGAGGAUGUGUCCUUAGGAGCAUGGCUCAUUGGUCUGGAAGUAGAACAUGUUGAUGAGAGAUCAAUGUGUUGCGGUACUUCUCCAGAUAAAGAAAUACAUGAAAUGUCAGACUGUGAAUGGAAAGCAAAAGCAGGGAAUGUGUGUGUGGCAUCAUUCGACUGGUCAUGCAGUGGAAUAUGCAAAUCAGUGGAAAGGAUGAAAGAGGUGCAUCGUUCAUGCGGGGAAGGUGAAGGAGCUGUUUGGAAUGUUAAUUUGGAAUGAGUAUAGAAUCUGUAACUCAUAAAAUACUGAAAAAAGUGGCAAGGAUUGUGA